CGACGCGCUGGGUGGCCGGAGUGGUGCGAGUCUCCGGGGUCGCGCAAAGUGUGCGCCCUGGGGUUUGGGGUGAGGUGCGCCUUUGGAGAUCCUAGGCUGUAAGGGAGCGAGGGGGUGACAGGGUCCUUUCUGCCGCAGCCCGCGCCCGUCAGACUCUGGGUUUGGUGGUUCUUUGUGGAACAGGUGGCUGCGCGACGCGUUCGAACAUCGGGUGGGCGACAUUGGCUGCGAGUGGAGACUUCUCAGGUCUCCAAGCAUAGCCUGCCAAAGUCAUCUCGGCACUAGGCUUCUCGACGCGGUUAGGUCCAGGGAGGGAUGAAAAAAGCGGGAGAAACGGAGGGGAGAGAAAUCGCUUCUGGGAAGGCUUUAAGUAGCGGCUGCGCGCCCGACCGGCUGCUGUGCGUUGCCCGAGACUUGGAGGUCUCCGGUCUCCGGCGUCCCUUCCUAUUUACGCUUGGAUGCGGCACUAACAGCCCCGCAGGCAGCUGCCCGGCUCCGGCUCAAGCUUGCGAUCACCGCUUGGGGUUUGCAGUUCUACCCUGUGGCCUACAGUCUUUCGACAAUGCAUGAGGGGGCAGAAACUAUUAACUUGGCUAAAGUAGCAUCCCGGUUCGCCCCCAUCCCCACGCACACACAUAUCCCGCCUCGGGACGGCUCCCCCGCGCGCGUCCUAGGUCGCUAGACCACCUACUGCAGCGGCCUCCCGAAUGGGGCGGAGGGGAGGGAAGCGGAGCAUGUGUGAGUGAAGAAGGAGAUUAACAACAACACCUUUGAGUCUGGAGUUGGGGUACCCAGAAUUGCAGCCCGACAAAGAACAACUAUAGACUAUGGAUAAAGCACCAUUGGAAAAGGAAGCCCCCGGCUGCUUGGACACUGGCCUGUUUAGAUAAGAAUAUUCCUAUAAACCACGUAGCACAAGCCUCUUCGACUCCUGCGUGUAAUGUGUGUGGUUUUAUUCCUCCUUAGUUACUUGGGUUUCUGUAAUCGUGGACGCAAGUUACAAUCUCUUGUAAAGAAGCUAGGGCUUCCUGGCGCCUCUCGAAGGAUAAUACAGUUUUGAGGAAAAGUUUCCCCACUUGAGGUUACAGCGUGUGUUUUCCCCUGCUUGCUGAACGCCAGAGAGAUCUCUUUUCGCUCUGGUAUCUGCACGGUUCGGAGACUUGUCGGCAGACGGUUCUCGAGCACUCUCGCGCUGCUUCUGCUGCGCAACCUGGGGCAGUGUUUGGAGCGCCCGCAUCCCAGCAGGUGUAACAGAUGCCUCCCCAAACCCCUGGAUUGCCUACUGUGGCAAUUGAGCCUCCCAGCAAGAGAUGUUUACGAAAUGACGUGGAAGGUGCCUUUACUUCCUCUUCACCAGAAAUCUUUUCCUGAGGCUCGAGGCUCAGAGCACCUUGAAGCAGCCAGUAGGCCAGUAGGACUGAGGGUACAGAGUGUGCCUACAUCAACCCUCUUGCCUGUUUCCCUUCCGACAACGAUUACCCCACUAACCACCAGCUGGACAAGCUCUCUGCAGGGCCAUCCUGCCUCUGCUACCAGUGGCACACUCAGCAAGCCAACACCCCUGGUCACAGCUUCAGCCCAGCUGUCCCCAUUACCCAGGAACGACUCCGUAGAGCCCCGAGACCAGGAGGCCACCAGCCCAACCUCACACUGGAAAGACGCAAACACAGACCCCUCACCAACAAGCAGUGGGGUCCCCUUAACACCCACGCCCACUGAACACAGCUCAGGCACUCCGGAGGCCAGCGUGCCGCCCACAGGGUCACAACCCCACACAGCUACAGAGUCACAGCUCCCUGCAACUACAGGGUCACAGUCCCCUGUGACUACAGGGUCACACCCCCCUGCAACUGCAGGGUCACAGUCCCCUGUGGCUACAGGAUCACAGCCCCCUGCGACUACAGGUUCACAGUACCCCACAGCUUCAGGGUCACAGUCCUCCACGGAGCCUCCCACGCUCACCUCCCCUCAGCCUCCAGCCUCGUCACCCCCACCCUUAUCAACCGCACCCCCAGAAGUUUCUUCUGCCUCAGUCAGCACCAACCACAGCUCCACUGAGACCAGUACCAGGCCCACAGGAGUCCCAACCACACAAGAGUUCCCAACAGAGACACCCCACUCUGGCCACACACCCAUUUCACAUGCCACAACUGAGCCCGGGCCCUCGGAGACAACAUCCCAAGCAACUGGGCCAGCCAAAGUGACAUGUGUGCUGAUAGACCCCGAGACCACCACCUCGCCGGGGAUGAUCAUGCAGGGGGUGGAGCACGCGCUAAGCUCAGGCAGCAUCGCCGCCAUUACAGUGACAGUCAUUGCUGUCGUGUUGUUGGUGUUCGGAGCUGCAGCGUAUCUGAAGAUCAGGCAUUCGUCCUACGGAAGGCUUUUGGAUGACCACGACUAUGGGUCCUGGGGAAACUACAACAAUCCUCUGUAUGAUGACUCCUAACAAAGGAACGUGUCCUGGGAUAAGGAAUAACUGUUCCUUAUUUAAAGUGCUUAUCCACUAGAAUUAAUAACAAGAACCUGAUGCACAUCAAGCGACAAUCUUAAGCCCUGUUUUGUUGGUAUGGUUGUUUUGUUUUCCUCCCUCUCUGCUGGCUGCUACAACUUCCCCUUUCUGGUCCAAAAAAGAACCAUUAUUUAAAGGUGAGUAAGGCUGAUUUGCAGCUGAAAGGGGCCAACUGGAGCUGGCCAGGCCCAACCACCAAGGGGGAGGCCCUGUACCCACCACAGGACCCACGCCGAGGACAGAGGAGAGGGAUACAGUUCUUUCAUCGGGGGCUACUUUCAGGGCAACUUUUUGUUUGUGAUAUUUCUUAAACUUUUUUUUAGGAAAUUACAUAAAAUCUCAAUGAGGGGAAAGGAAAUGAGCCCUGGGAAGAUUUCAUCCUGAAGGCAUGGAAACAAGGGUUUCUCAGAUUCUUUUUUAAAAUCUUUGUUUAUCUGGUUGUGUCUGACAGGAUACCUGUGGCUCUACAAGCUGGAUCCCAGCUUCUCAGCUGCCUAAUUAAUGAAAGAGGAAACCAGACAGUGCCUGGAGGAGGCUAGCAGGCCAAGGGGCCAAGUAGCAUGUUGCUAUCAGAUCGCAGCUUGCCUCUACCCAUCUCUGCUAAGGAUGCCCUUUCUAGUCAGCUGCAGCAGGGAUCCAGCCACAAGGUUUCAGUGGAGCUGUGGUCCCAUAGGAGAAGGCUAGGAGAUGAGUUUAGUUAUGGAAGAGCAAGAGAGAGGCGAGUGGAGUGAGUGUACAGUGGGGGUGGUGGGGAGGGGCUGAUGUGCCCUGAGCACCUCAUUAGGGAAUGUGGGAGUCAGCCCUCAGUAACUGUCAGAGACAUCCACUGCUUGGAGGAGCCCAUAGAAUCCUCCUUCAUAACCACAAAGCAGCUAGUUCACUGCCUUGCUGUCUGUUGGCUAAUGGCUGUAACCUGUUUUAAAAAAAAAUUGGACUUGUCUGUCUGCAAUUGCUCAUUGAGGCAUCUGCACGGGAAACAGACACCAUGAUUAAUCUAUUAUUCUUCCCAUACACCUACUGUACUAAUUCUGCCCUUUAAGAAAUGAACCCUCCUGAUACAGUCUUAAAACUCAUUAUCACAAAUUUUGAGAGAGAACUGAUCACCUUUGCAGGCAUCCAUUUACUGCAGUGGUUCUCAGCCAGUGGGCAAUUUUGCUUCCCCCAGGAAACAUUUGGAAGUCUGGUGGUAUUUUUGAUUGUCACAACUGGGAGGUGUUAUUGGCAGGUAGAGACCAUGGGUGCAGUGAACAUCCCACGAGGCACAGGAGAGCCCACAGCAAGGAAUCAUCUGGCCCAAAAUACCAGGAGUGCUGGGUUUGAGAAACCCUGAUUGAUUGUGAUGCCCAUUGUGACAAAACGAAACCUCCCAGAUUAGAAAUAUUUUUUAUUUUUAAAGGAAAUGAUGUAACAUUUGGUCUAAAAAGUAUUCAGUUUGUCAGUGAAUGGGUUGUUUGGGGCAAUGCGUGAUUGCCUUUUCAUUUCUCUUUGCUUUCUAGGUAGGUUGGUUCAUGGCUAAAACUGUCCUCCUGUAACAUUAACCAGGGUCUUAUGUUCUGAUUUUAUGGGGUAGAAAACAUACAUUGGGUCCUGUUUCAAAAUGUAUUAUAUUGUCAUGCAAUGUCAUAAAGAACUUGAAACUGGAUCGAUUUUUAUUUAUUAAAUGUGGACCCUCUGCCAUGAGUCUGUUUAGUUUCCAGAAAUUUGACCCUUGGCUCACCCUGUCACUCACUGCAGCCCAGCGAGGCACUGACAUGAAAACCACAGUAGCCACACUGCUUUAAUCCUCUCUGGUGUCAGAGACACUAGAAUCUGUGCCACUUUCCACAACCUGCUAUCGCACACUCUGAAAAGAAAUUAAUCCUACGCUCCUUAGGCACCAAAGGAGAAUGAGAAACCCCCAGUGGUAUUUUAUAACAGGAGUGUAAUGAGAAAAGUAGGUUUCCAGGAAUUCUGAUUAUUAAAAACAAAAACAGAGUGAACAUUCUCAGAAAAAUGUCCAGGAGUGACCAAGGGUGUCCUCUCUGGCCAUGCUUGGACCUGUUCUCUACCCUGACCCCCUUUCUAAAGUCUCAGUACAGCGAAGGACAAUUCAAUAAGAACAGGACAGUCCACAUCUUUUUUCCCUCCCCCAGCCACAAAUAUUUGACAAAAUGUCCAUGAAACGCCUUUGGAGAGGUGCUCUUCUGGAUGUUGCUUCAGUCAUAAAGAGAGGGUCAGAAGGACCAGCUUCUUCCCAGGAACUCCUGACCAGUUCUGAAACCCAGACCUGGCAAGCAUCUUUCCUCGCCAAAGACUGCAGUUGUCCAGGAGCAUUUGAUGGGUUUGUUGCUCUUCUUCACUUCCAAAUCCUUACAGCAGAGAGAGGGACCUGGACCUAAGGCGGAGGUGACAGCUGCCCUUAAAAUCUCUAACAUUUCUUGUUAUGUUAGUAUGAAAGACCUAAAGGCUGAACCUUAUUUUGCCAAGUGCAUUUUUCUGUUUUUGAGUUGGCCAAAAUAUUUUAACAACUAUUCAACAAAUGUUGCUUAAAAUACACACACCCCUGAAAUAUAUGCUUACUACUGACAUCCUUUACCUCAGGGAGAGAGUCUGUUCACAUCUACCCAAGGGAAAAGGCUCCAGUGUAUAGAAGACAGGCACAUGCCAUCAGGGGUAGGCCUAGUCAUGACAUGCCAGAGGGGAUGUCAGAGCAGUAGGGAGGCAAGCGGCCUCUUCUAGAUCACAGAUGGCAAACGAUGCAAGAGUGAGAUUCAACCUUGUUUUCUUCUCCUGUGGCCCUGAGAACGUCUCCUGCCCUCCCUGGACAUUUGUGUCUUCAUUUCUUACACGGGGAUGAUGCUUUCAUCAGCUCUUACCCCACACUACCUCACAAAUGUGUUGUGAGGACUAAUAAAAAUCAUGUCUACAGUGUUUUCAAUUUCUGGAGAAAAAUAUUUAUCAACGUUUUAAGUAUUACAUAGAUACAUAUGUGAUCUUAAUUUCUUGUUUGUUGUUAUAGUGCUGUGUUGUUUUUACUAAAAUCUAUAAAACAAUAGCUGUAUUGCAGCCACAUCAGACAGCUGUUACAGCUCCAGGCUACCCCCAUGAGGCUGACGGCUGACUGCAGGUUAUCCUGCCUGGGACCAUGAGGGAUGGUUUCCAUCUCCAAAUGAAAAGAUGGCCCAGGACACAGGUCUCACAGACUACUGAGCUAGGGUCCAGGAGGUUAAAGUAACACAGUGUGGUUACUGCCAGCAGUUGACCUUUGGCCUUGACCAUCCUGAAGUGUGAGUUCUUUGUGGAGUUGACUUUGGUUUGAUGUCAUCUGUUUGCCCUUCAUCUUGCUUUCAAGGAUGUGUGGUUCAGUCCCUUGCAUCCCGGAAAUGAAUUUUGCAACCAGGCCACAUUGAUUUGCACAUUGAUUCACCUUCUUUGCCUUUAACUUCUUUUUGGCAAAUGAAUGUACCAUUGCAACUUUGAUUUUAAACUGCUAGUUAAUAUUGGUAGUAGUGCUAACCAAGAGACCAGUGCCAGGCCAUCUCCUUGCAGUGAGUUAGCUGACAUCGUUUAAAGAUGGAAAGAUGUGCAACUUCUCUGAUAUUUGAUGUUACUGUAUCUACAUUUGUUGUAAGACAUAUUGUAUACUAAUUAUAGUUAUAUCGAUUAAAAUGUUAAAAGCUUUCA